AUGUCAUUGCUUGAAGGUGGUGAUAGACGUCGAUACAAUCUUCCUUCACAUGAGGAAGUUGCCAUUGUUUUUGUUGGGGAUGAUGGUGCUCCACCUCCAUCUAAGGAAGUAGUUAUAUACCCUCGAGGUCAGGCCUUAAAAACAAUUUCAAGUAUGUCUGCAAAUCUAGAUCCAAUGAUAUAUCCAAUAUUUUUUCCAAGAGGUGAUGCUGGAUGGCAUGAGCAACUAGAGCAUCAUCCUUACCGAGCUACACGUGUUAGAAAUCGGGUUACUUUGUCUCAGUACUACAAUUACAAGCCUUCUGUUAGAGAAACCUUUAAUCCUAUAUUUUAUGGUAAGAAGCUUUUUCAACAGUAUGCUGUUGAUGCAUAUGUCAAGAUUGAAGGUCAGCGUCUUGCUUUUAUUAGAAAUAACCAAAACAGACUUAGAAGUGAACAAUAUGAUACAUUAUAUGAACAUGUAAAUAACGCUGCAAAUAACCUUAAUGUAAGACCAGGUCGUGUUGUUAUACUACCAUCCUCAUAUGUUGGAAGUCCAAGAGCUUUAAAAGAAAAUUUUGAAGAUGCAAUGGCAAUUAUAAAGAGAUAUGGCAAACCAGAUCUUUUUAUUACUUUUACCUGCAAUCCAAAAUGGAAAGAAAUUACAGAAAAUUUAAAUCCAGGUGAGAGCCCAUCUGACAGACCUGAUUUAGUUUGUCGUGUAUUUAAGAUGAAACUUAAAUGCUUCCUAGAUGAUAUUUUUAAACACGGAGUCUUAGGUAAAGUUAUAAGUCAUGUACAGGUUAUUGAGUUUCAAAAACGUGGUUUGCCACAUGUACAUAUUUUAUUGCACUUUGUAAAUGAUGAUAAGCUAGAAACAGCAGAGGAUAUUGAUAGUCUAAUAUCAGCUGAAAUUCCAGAUCAAACUGUUGAUCCUGAACUUUUUGAAAUUAUAAAAACAUGUAUGAUUCACGGACCAUGUGGAAUUUUGAAUCCCAAUUCUUCUUGCAUGAAAGAUGGGAUUUGCACAAAAAAGUUUCCUAAAGAAUUUAAUCCUCACACUGUUGCAACUUUCAAUGGCUACCCUCACUACAGGCGUUUAGAUAAUGGUAGAGUAGUCGUUAUAAAAGGUAACCAAGUUGAUAAUCGAUGGGUUGUACCCUACAACCCUUGGUUAUCUAAAAAAUACCAAGCACAUAUUAAUGUUGAAGCUUGCAUGUCUAUUAAGUCAGUUGAGUAUUUAUAUAAAUAUGUCUAUAAGGGGCAUGAUUGUGCUCAUGUGUUAAUUAAUGAAAGUCUUGACCAUGAUGAAAUUAACACAUAUUUAGAUUGUCGCUUUGUUUCUGCACCAGAGGCUCUUUGGCGAAUAUUUGAGUAUUCCAUAAGUGAUAUGUCACAUACUAUUAUCCGCCUUCAAGUCCACCUUCCUGAUAAUCAGAGGGUAUAUUUUAACGAAGGAGAAGAACAAGUAGCUAUAGAUCGUGCUGCACAGCGUGACACUCACCUAACCGCUUGGUUUAAAUUAAAUGCUGAGAUAAAUGAAGCACGUCAGUAUUCUUAUGUUGAAAUUCCGUAUCACUUUGUUUUUGAUGGUAAAAAUUGCAAGUGGAAAGUAAGUAAAGAGGCAGUGAUAAGAUUGUUGCUUUUGCAUGUAAAAGGUGCAAUGUCUUUUGAGGAUUUGCGUACUAUUCAUAGCACUGUUUUUAAUACAUUUCGUGAAGCAUGUUAUCGAUUAGGUCUAUUGCAAGAUGACAUUGAAUGGAGAAAUACAUUAACUGAAGCUGUACCAACUCGAAUGCCUAAACAAAUUAGGCAACUGUUUUCCAUCAUAUUGACUUUAUAA